GAUGUUUUUGUUUAUUUGCGCAUUUGAAGUGCACUCUUGGUAAAUGGUUAUUUCGCGUGGAAAUAAAUAGUGUUGAUAAAAUAUAUCAGAAAUAUGAUAAAAAGACCACAAAGAGGAGAAACUGAGGACGAUAUUUUGCGAAUGCAGAAUGAAUUCUUAUCACAACGUGCGAAGAAUCCCAAAUUGCAGCCGGCGGCAGAGUGUGUCAAAGUCGCGAAAGAUGCCAAGAAAUCGUUGUUUUUAAGAUCUCGUGAAAAAGCAGAAGGAAGUUCGGCGCAAGCGGUUAAAAACACUACGCCUGUUUCGUUGGUGGAGCAACAAAUCAUGGGAGAAAUACACGAGAAAAUUGUUGGAAAUCUGGACGCUAAACCCUUGGAAAAUUUUACUGAAAUUGUACUCGGUGAAAUAGUAGAAAGGAAAUUUGAUACCCCAAUGCAGAAUCAAGCUUUGAAUAAUGCGAAAACAUCCGCUUUUCCCGUAGUAGACAGGGCUCCUUUAGAAAAAUCUUUACAAAGUGGCAAAAGCAUUUUUGCAUCGAGUGGGCUUUCUACAAUACAGCAGUUCAAUAAAACUAACCAGCCGAUUGCUUCUGAAGAUUUGUCUAAAAUUUAUGGAGACAAAAGUAUUAUAGUCAGUAAUUCGGAUAUAGCUGUCGAAGUGCAUAAAGAAAAUUUAGAUAUUCUCAGCAAGAUGAAUGAGAAUGACAUACUAGCCGAGAGAGAAAGACUACUAAACUCUAUAGAUCCCUCACUUUUGGCCUUAUUAAAGAAAAGACGCCAAGAAAACUCUGAUGAAAAAUCGAAUUUUAAAAGAGAAGGUACCAAUGCUGUCAGUAAUGACUUUGUGAAAAACGAGGACCAAGAAAGCAUGGAUGUAAGUUCAUUAUUACCAACGACGAACGCUGCAAUCGAAAUACUAAAGCAAAGUGAGACAGAAAAAUGGGUGCACUUUGACGUAGUUGAGACGGAUAAACUAAAAUGGAUGCAGGAUAUAGAAGAAUGGCUGCCGAAUGUGCAGCCAGGAGACCAAUUUGAAGCACGUUUCGAUUGGAAGGGAGUAUUAUUGCCAUACUCGGUGGAUAAAAUGAAUGCUGCAAGUCCAUCAGGAAAUACGACUACUGACGCUAAAGCUUUUCAAAAUGAUGAUAGAGAAUUAUAUCUGCACGGGGAAGAACCUCAUCGACCAGGAUAUACGCUGCAAGAAUUGUUUCGCUUAGCUCGAUCAAAUGUAAUACAACAACGCAUAUCAGCAUUCAGAUCGAUUGGAGGCAUCCUUAGUAUUUAUAAUCAGGGAUUUUAUGACAACGUCUUAGAGUUGCCCAUAUCAAAAAUAUUUUUCUUAUUGCGUUUCGGAUUUGAUGACAAUACGCCGGCCAUGCUCGAGGUCGUUUCUAAGGCACUGUCGUGUCUUUUCUAUAACGAGGCUGAUGAGACAUUGCUAGAUUUCAUCUUCGACAACCCAACCUCGCAUUGGCAGCCAAUACUGGAUUCUGUGGAUACAGGAACGGCUAUUAACGAAAUUGCAGCUCUAGAAAGUUUGCAAAAACAAAUGCAGCAAUUACAGAUGAACGAUAAUGGCAAACGAUCAUUAUUUCGAAGCGACUUCGAAGAAAACGAAAGCGAAGAUAGAACUUCUAUGAGCGAUUUUCAGUUGGCAGAAACAAAUUUAAUCGAAUGUCUAAUGCGAACAAACAUUUUGCAACGAAUCUACUUUAUUUUGCAUGUCGUUAAGCCCGAAAACAGCACAGUUUCCUCAUGUCUAAAAAUUCUCAUACGAUUAGCGCGAACGAAUACAGAGAUCGCCGGAAAAAUUGUUUCUAACCAGGAUUUAAUGCAUUGUCUAUUUCAAAAUUUCUUACCUGACUUUCGACGAUUCGAAGCUAAUAUGGAUGCGCCGCAAUUUUAUGAUUGUCCUCAAUUCUUAUGCCUUAAACUUUUCAGAGUUUUGAUUGCACAAAAUCUUGGAAUUGCUGUUAGACUUAUGAAUAUGAAGCUUUCGGAAGUAUUGAAAAGCUACCUGUCUUAUCGCGGAGAUAUGAAGGAUAUAAUGGUAAAAGUGCAAAUAGAAUGUCUACGAAUUGUGCGCUGUCUACUUCUGUUGCGCCUAGACGAUUCUCUUUACAGCAAUUUGGACACCGCCUUUCAUUAUUUGCUUCAAUGGCACUGCAAUUACUUAAAGUUCGAAGUAGGCAGCCCUUAUUUGAUUCGGCAACACGCGUCUGCUUUAUUAAUGGCAAUUAGCAGCGAACCUUGCAGUGCGAAAUCAAACCAUAUUUUAAGCGAAACACUUAAUAAAUGCUGUUGCGCCUGGUUUUAUCGUGCUACACGAAGUGAUGUUACAGAGUUUUCGCAAUCCACACUUCUAAGUGCUUGUUUGAAUGUAGUAAUAUGGGAACUGAGGCGAGACGAAGCAAGCCACUUUCAGGAAUUCUUUGCAAAAUAUUUGCGUGAUUUUCUACUUUCCGAUUCAUUUAGAAAAUGUGUGUCGCAGAUCAUAACCUCCUCAGUGAUUCUACGCCAAUCAGCCGACCGUCGAUUUGUACAUGCACCAUUACCUAAUGUUGGCGCGGUGUUGCUACACAAAAAUGGACCACAACUGAUAAUUCCGCAAACGUUCACUAUAUAUUUAUUGUCUACAUUAUGGAGUCUCUUAGAGCUUCAAAUGAGUCAAAUCAGUUGUCACGAACAACACAAACUGCUGGUAAAUGCUUUGCUGACGCCGCAAGUAGUCGAGACUCUUGUACAAUACAUUAACUUAUUAUCUACCAGUUUGAAUCAUUACCUAAGUGGUAAUUUCUUCUCCAAAAUUGAGUUGAAGUUCGUUUAUAAGCUGUUGGGUAGCAGCGAAUUGCUGUCGCAUUUCAGCUCCGCCCAAAUACUGCAGUUAGUAUAUAGUUAUAUAUGCUGUCUCGGCGCAGAGCACAUAUCAGAAAUUGAGCAGCUUUUCGAUACAAUAAUAUUCAAUACGAAAUACAUAAAUGUACCAGAAUCAGCUUUAAGCAAAUGGAAAGAAAUUUUCAUCAGUUUAGUGCAGUCCCACUACAUCGUUGUGGAGCCUUCAAACUUAAGCUUGUCUAAAACAUCACAAACCAGUGCGAUUUUAUGCCGCGAUUGGCCCUAUUUCUUCUUUAAAAUAAUUUUGCAAAACUACAUUGACAAUUCGCCACAAAACAUAACAGUUGAUUUCUCAG